AUGAAUACAGAUUAUACCUUUUCAGUCAAAUGUUAUGCAUGUAAUUUGUGUCCGGUUCCAAUGGAUUAUUCAUCCCCACUAGUGAGAGUUAAAAGUUCUUGUAAGUGGUGUUCUUCGCUUACAAUUGGUAGUCCACAUUUAACAAUAAAAGGAUGCUCAGAUAGCUGUAAUUCAAACAGUUCUCUAAAGGAAUAUGUCCGUUUCAAUUUUACCUGCUGUGGUAAGAACUAUUGUAAUCUCAGCUCAAAAGCUCAUCCGACUAAUCAAAUCCUAUUUUUACCAUUAAUGAUAAUUUGUUUUUAUCUUAAUACUGAGAAAUAA